AAAGGGAAACGGAAAGUAUAACGAAAGAAACUCGUGAUCGUGAGAAGAGCCUAGGGGAUUUUGCCAGGACUCGUUAGUACGCAGCCUAGUCCGAUCCGCAGUGUCUAGUGAUCUCUGUCCAGUCUUGCAAACCACCUUUCUCACGAAAAGGAUUCGUUAGGGCCGCCCAGAACGUGCCGCCAGAAGUAGUCCGUCCGCCGCCGAAUUUUAAGAGCGAAGAAACGAAGUAACUAGCAAGUUUCUUCCCACCCUGCGAUACGUGGGAAAACGACGACGUAGAAGGCACGUAGACCUUCCUGGGAGCGAGAGGAGAAUACAGUAGAGGUAAUCAAGGUAUCUGAAGUGAAGAAGAAACUAAUCAAAGAUGCCGAAGCCGAAGCCACAAGAAGGAGACGAUCCCGAUCCAACCCCGUACCUCUUCGUCUCCCUUGAGCAGAAGAGAAUCGACCAGACGAAACCAUACGAUGCGAAAAAGGCGUGCUGGGUACCCGAUGAGAAGGAAGGCUAUGUUCUUGGUGAAAUUAAGGCAACCAAGGGUGAUGUCGUCUCCGUCGGAUUACCUGGCGGCGAGACCAAGGACUUCAAAAAAGAUCAGCUGCAGCAAGUAAAUCCACCGAAAUAUGAGAAAUGCGAGGAUAUGUCAAAUUUAACUUACCUCAACGAUGCUUCGGUCCUCCACAAUUUGAAGCAACGUUACUACGCCAAACUCAUCUACACCUACUCUGGCCUCUUCUGCGUUGCCAUUAAUCCCUAUAAAAGAUUCCCCGUAUACACCCAAAGGUGCGCGAAACUUUACCGAGGCAAGAGACGUAAUGAAGUGCCACCACACAUUUUCGCCAUUUCCGACGGUGCCUACGUUAACAUGCUUACCAACAGUGAAAAUCAGUCCAUGUUGAUUACCGGUGAGUCUGGUGCCGGGAAAACUGAGAACACGAAGAAAGUAAUUGCGUACUUCGCAACUGUCGGUGCCUCGACCAAGAAGUCAGAUGAUUCGAGCCAGAAGAAGGGUUCUCUGGAAGAUCAGGUCGUCCAGACUAACCCCGUCCUGGAAGCGUUCGGUAACGCAAAGACCGUCCGUAAUGAUAACUCCUCACGUUUCGGUAAAUUCAUCCGUAUCCACUUCGGUCCCUCUGGAAAACUGGCCGGUGCUGAUAUUGAAACAUAUCUGCUGGAAAAGGCCCGUGUCAUCUCUCAACAGGCUCUUGAACGCUCGUACCACAUCUUCUACCAGAUUAUGUCAGGCUCAGUCCCUGGUUUAAAGGAAAUGUUGCUGCUGUCCAACAACGUCCAUGACUACUACUUUGUGUCGCAAGGCAAGACGACAAUCCCUGGCCUUGAUGAUGGCGAGGAACUUUUAAUCACCGAUCAAGCCUUCGACGUACUGGGCUUCACUCAAGAGGAAAAGAAUGACAUCUACAAGAUCACCGCCGCUGUCAUGCAUAUGGGUGGCAUGAAGUUCAAACAAAGGGGUCGCGAAGAACAGGCUGAAGCUGAUGGCACCGAGGAAGGUGAACGUGUCGCCAAAUUGCUUGGUUGCGACUGUGCCGAUCUUUACAAGAACUUGUUGAAACCAAGGAUCAAGGUCGGUAACGAGUUCGUAACCCAAGGUCGUAACAAGGACCAAGUAGCAUACUCCGUGGGUGCCUUGUCGAAAGCCAUGUUCGACAGGCUGUUCAAAUGGCUGGUGAAAAAGUGUAACGAGACCCUGGACACACAACAGAAAAGGCAACACUUCAUUGGUGUACUGGAUAUUGCUGGUUUUGAGAUCUUCGACUUUAACGGUUUCGAGCAACUGUGUAUCAACUUCACCAAUGAGAAACUGCAACAAUUCUUCAAUCACCACAUGUUUGUCCUCGAGCAAGAGGAGUAUAAGAGAGAGGGUAUCGUCUGGCAAUUUAUUGACUUCGGAAUGGACUUGGCUGCCUGUAUUGAGCUGAUCGAGAAGCCUAUGGGUAUCCUGUCCAUCCUUGAAGAAGAAUCUAUGUUCCCGAAAGCCACUGAUAAGACUUUCGAGGAAAAAUUGAACAACAAUCACCUUGGCAAGAGCCCUAACUAUCUGAAGCCCAAGCCACCGAAACCUGGCCAACAAGCUGCUCACUUCGCUAUCGGCCAUUAUGCCGGAAACGUACCAUACAACAUCACGGGAUGGCUGGAAAAGAACAAGGACCCGUUGAACGACACUGUUGUCGAUCAGUUCAAGAAAUCCAAUAACAAACUGUUGAUCGAGAUCUUCGCUGACCAUCCUGGACAGUCCGGUGAUACCGGUGGCGGCGGUGGUGGCAAGGGUGGACGUGGUAAGAAGGGUGGCGGUUUCUCCACGGUAUCGUCGUCCUAUAGGGAACAAUUGAACAACUUGAUGACCACUCUGAGAGCCACUCAACCUCACUUCGUCCGUUGUAUCAUCCCCAACGAAAUGAAGCAACCGGGUGUCAUAGAUUCUCACCUUGUGAUGCAUCAGCUCACAUGUAACGGUGUACUUGAAGGCAUCCGUAUUUGUCGUAAAGGAUUCCCCAACAGAAUGGUGUACCCUGACUUCAAACUACGGUACAAGAUUCUGGCGCCGCAAGCAGUCGAGAAGGUGGGUUCUGACCCGAAGAAGGCUGCAGAGGCGAUUUUGGAUGGUUCUGGCCUCGAUCCCGAACAAUACCGUCUUGGACACACCAAGGUAUUCUUCCGCGCUGGAGUCCUGGGUCAGAUGGAGGAGCUUCGCGACGAGCGACUCAGCAAGAUCGUGUCAUGGAUGCAAGCCUAUAUCAGAGGUUACUUGUCGAGAAAAGACUACAAGAAGUUGCAGGAACAACGUUUGGCUUUGGUCGUGGUUCAAAGGAACUUGAGGAAAUACCUGCAACUUCGUACUUGGCAAUGGUGGAAGUUGUGGCAGAAAGUUAAACCUCUCCUCAACGUCACUCGUAUCGAGGACGAGCUUGCUGCGCUCGAGGAGAAAGCCAGGAAAGCUCAGGAAGCCUUCGAGAAGGAAGAGAAGCUGCGCAAGGAACUCGAGGAACAGAACACCAAACUCACCACCGAGAGGAAUGCCUUACAGAAGCAACUGGAAGGCGAGAAGGGUUCUCUGUCGGAAUACAUGGAGAAAUCGUUGAAAUUGGCCGCACAGAAAUCCGAUCUCGAGUCACAACUUCAGGAUCUGAAUGACAGAUUCAAAGAAGAGGAAGAUUCGAGAAACAAUCUCUUCCAAAACAAGAAGAAACUCGAACAGGAAGUGGCUGGUCUAAAGAAAGACAUCGAGGACCUCGAGCUGAACCUACAAAAAUCAGAACAGGAUAAGGCAACGAAGGAUCACCAGAUCCGCAACUUGAACGACGAGAUUGCUCACCAAGAUGAAUUGAUCAACAAAUUGAACAAGGAGAAGAAGAACCAAGGUGAAGUUAACCAGAAGACUGCCGAAGAGCUCCAAGCUGCCGAAGACAAAGUGAAUCACUUGAACAAAGUCAAGAUCAAACUCGAGCAAACUCUCGACGAACUUGAAGAUUCCCUCGAACGUGAAAAGAAAUCACGAGCCGACGUUGAGAAGGCCAAACGAAAAGUGGAGGGUGAUUUGAAACUUACACAGGAAGCUGUUGCAGACCUCGAAAGAAAUAAGAAGGAACUCGAACAGACUAUUCAACGUAAAGAUAAGGAAUUGUCAUCUUUGACUGCCAAACUCGAAGAUGAACAGUCCUUAGUAGGCAAAUUGCAGAAACAGAUUAAGGAAUUGCAAGCCCGUAUCGAAGAACUCGAAGAAGAGAUCGAAGCUGAACGCGGUUCUCGCGUGAAAGCCGAGAAACAACGCAGCGACUUGGCGCGGGAACUCGAGGAACUAGGUGAACGCCUGGAAGAGGCUGGUGGCGCCACCUCCGCUCAAAUCGAGCUCAACAAGAAGAGGGAAGCCGAACUUAGCAAACUCCGCAGAGACCUCGAGGAAGCUAACAUUCAACAUGAAGCCACUCUUGCUAGCUUACGCAAGAAGCACAACGAUGCCGUUGCCGAGAUGGGUGAACAGAUUGACACGCUUAACAAACUGAAGGCUAGAGUUGAGAAGGACAAGGUUCAGUACUUCAGCGAAUUAAAUGACAUGCGCGCUUCAGUAGACCAAUUGAGCAACGAAAAGGCUGCCCAAGAAAAGAUCGUGAAACAAUUGCAACACCAACUGAACGAAACUCAAGGAAAACUCGAGGAAGUGAACCGUACUCUGAACGACUUCGAUGCUGCCAAGAAGAAGCUGUCGAUCGAGAACAGUGACUUGCUGCGCCAAUUAGAGGAAGCCGAAUCCCAAGUUAGCCAGCUGUCCAAGAUCAAGAUUUCGCUGACGACUCAGCUCGAGGACACGAAACGAUUGGCCGACGAAGAAUCACGAGAACGCGCCACUUUGCUUGGCAAAUUCCGUAACCUGGAACACGAUUUGGACAACAUUCGAGAACAAGUGGAGGAAGAGGCUGAAGGCAAGGCUGACCUCCAGAGGCAACUCAGCAAGGCGAACGCCGAGGCACAAUUAUGGCGCACGAAAUACGAAUCCGAGGGUGUGGCGAGAGCGGAAGAACUGGAGGAAGCCAAGAGGAAGUUGCAGGCACGACUGGCGGAAGCGGAAGAAACUAUAGAAUCGCUCAAUCAAAAGGUCAUCGCUCUCGAGAAGACGAAACAGAGACUGUCGACGGAAGUGGAGGACCUACAGAUCGAAGUGGAUCGUGCAACUGCGAUUGCCAAUGCUGCAGAGAAGAAACAGAAGGCGUUCGACAAGAUUAUCGGAGAAUGGAAACUCAAAGUCGACGAUCUUGCCGCGGAACUGGAUGCCAGUGAAAAGGAAUGCCGCAACUACAGCACGGAACUGUUCAGGCUCAGAGGUGCAUACGAAGAAGGCCAGGAACAAUUGGAAGCUGUCCGUCGCGAAAACAAGAACCUCGCCGACGAGGUGAAAGAUCUGUUGGACCAGAUUGGCGAAGGUGGACGCAACAUUCACGAGAUCGAGAAGGCCAGAAAGCGCCUGGAGGCUGAGAAAGAUGAACUUCAAGCCGCCCUGGAAGAAGCUGAGGCCGCUUUGGAACAAGAAGAAAACAAAGUACUGCGCAGCCAACUCGAACUGAGUCAAGUGAGACAAGAGAUUGACCGACGCAUCCAGGAAAAAGAGGAAGAAUUCGAAAAUACCAGGAAGAACCACCAGCGUGCUCUCGAUUCUAUGCAAGCAUCGCUCGAAGCUGAAGCUAAGGGCAAAGCUGAGGCCUUACGUAUGAAGAAGAAACUGGAAGCCGACAUCAACGAGUUAGAAAUCGCUUUGGACCACGCAAACAAGGCGAACGCUGAAGCUCAGAAGAACAUCAAGAGAUACCAACAGCAACUGAAGGAUGUGCAGACCGCGCUCGAAGAGGAACAACGGGCACGCGACGAAGCAAGAGAACUCCUUGGAAUUUCGGAACGUCGGGCAAACGCUCUCCAGAACGAACUCGAGGAAAGCCGCACUCUUCUCGAACAAGCUGACCGUGGACGUCGCCAGGCUGAACAAGAAUUGGCUGAUUGCCACGAGCAACUUAACGAACUGGGUGCUCAGAACGCUUCUAUCUCUGCUGCCAAGAGGAAACUCGAAGCUGAACUCCAGACCCUUCACUCUGAUCUGGAUGAGCUGUUGAACGAAGCCAAAAACUCCGAGGAGAAAGCAAAGAAAGCUAUGGUCGAUGCCGCUAGACUGGCAGACGAACUCCGAGCUGAACAAGAUCAUGCUCAGACGCAAGAGAAACUCCGCAAAGCACUCGAGACCCAGAUCAAGGAAUUGCAAGUACGCCUGGAUGAAGCCGAAGCUAAUGCCCUGAAAGGUGGCAAGAAGGCGAUCCAGAAACUCGAACAACGCGUCCGUGAAUUGGAGAACGAGCUUGACGGAGAACAGAGGAGACACGCUGACGCCCAGAAGAACCUUCGCAAGUCCGAACGCCGCAUCAAGGAACUCAGCUUCCAGGCUGACGAAGACCGCAAGAACCAUGAGCGCAUGCAAGAUCUUGUCGACAAGCUUCAACAGAAGAUCAAGACAUACAAGAGGCAGAUAGAGGAGGCUGAAGAAAUCGCUGCUCUGAAUCUCGCUAAAUUCCGCAAGGCGCAACAAGAACUGGAAGAAGCGGAGGAAAGGGCGGACCUCGCAGAACAGGCCAUCACCAAGUUCCGUACUAAAGGACGCGGAGGAAGUGCUGCGCGUGGACUGAGCCCAGCGCCACACCGACCUGCGUUCAAACCCCAAUUGGAUGGUUCCGCAUUCCCGCCACGCUUCGACCUGCAGCCCGAUGGUGAACUGUAAAAAUCUACGCGACCAACUUGUUAUAAAACACAAUCGUAACAGCUUAAUCUAAACGAAUGAAUUGAUCGCAAACCGGCGAACUUUCAUCGUGUCAUUUCACUCAAAUAACUCAUCCCAUUGUCUUCAUACCUACACACACCAUCACGCUAAAGUACAGAAAGUAACUCUCACGUUCUUUACUUUCAUUGACACGAGAAUGUCCGUGCUUAAUCACCUUGCCAGUUUCGGAAAUAAAAAUGAAAACGAUAUUGAUCGAUUUAAAAAAAUCAAAAAAAAUUGCUCGUUUUAACAUUUACAGUAGUGUAUAUUUUUACGUAUAUAUAUAUAUUUGAUCAUCGGAAAAUAAAUCAGUUAAUAACAAACGUGGAGGAGAAUGAUUGCCUUCACCACUCGCGCUGACGGUCGAGGAAAGAGAGAGUGAAAGAGUGAGAGUGGGAGAGCAAGAGAGAAAACGAGAGAAAUGAAAGGUGCGAGCGGUCGAAAUGAAAGACGAGAGCCAGCUCGAAAUUUAAACGUUGUUUUAUGAAAACGUGGCAGAAAAAGAAACGAACAUGUGCAUACUGGCAUACGCGCGAAUCAAGCGGACGAAUCGAUGAAAUAAAAAUGAUAUACACACUGCAAAACACGGAACGACAUAACAAAAAGGAACGAGAUUACACGAUAUAA